AACCAAAUUCCAUCUUCUGUAUCUAAGGCUUCUGCUUUCCAGCAAUCCAGCUGAUACUUGACACUCACAUGGCGGUGGCGUCACCACUUCCGCUACUGGGGGCGGCGGAUAUUCUGAGAAGACCGUCACUCUACGUCGGCGAUCUCGACGCUGAGACCACCGAGAAGGACCUGGUGGAGUCAUUCUCUCGCUUCGGCGCAUUGGAUUCCGUCCGCCUCUGCACAGAUACUGUGACCAAGAGAUCUCUUUGCUACGCUUAUGUCAAUUUCCUCUCCUUUUCUGAUGCUUUAAAAGCCAUGACUUGCCUGAACCACACUUACCUUAGGGGUAAGCCUAUAAGGAUUAUGUGGUGUCAAAGAGAUCCAUUGGCAAGAAAAUCUGGAGUUGGCAAUCUUUUCGUCAAGAAUCUUGCACCUUCGGUAACAAGUGCUCAACUUGAGAGGAUAUUUAGCCACUAUGGGACAAUAAUCUCUUGCAAGGUUGUCGUGGAAGAUGGGAUAUCCAAAUGCUUUGGAUUUGUUCAGUUUGAAUCUGAGCACUCAGCCAUGUUUGCGCUCCAUCAUCUCAAUGGAGCAAUGUUUGAAGGAAAGAAAUUAUAUGUCUCAAAGUUUAUGAAGAAGAAAGAGAGGGAGGUCCCAUGUGAAGACUUAAAAUUCACAAACGUGUAUGUGAAAAACUUUGAUGAUGAUCUCACUGAAGAACUCUUGAGGGAGAAGUUUUCAAAAUAUGGGAAGGUCCAAAAUGUUAUCAUUAUUCGUGAUAAAAAUGGAAAGUCAAGAGGAUCUGGUUUUGUCAAUUUUUGUUCACAUGAAGAUGCUCAGAGGGCGGUUGAGUGCAUGAAUGGUGCAUUACUUGGAUCAAAGCAACUGAUAGUUGUAAGGGCCCAGAAAAAAGACGAGAGGAAUGACGUCUCAAGAUGCAUGUAUGACGCCAAAAUCAGCCUCUAUGACCACAAGCCGGAGGUCUCUAAUCUGUAUGUGAAGAAUCUCAGUCUAUCCCUUGAUGAAAGAAAACUAAAAGCAUUAUUCAGUGCUUAUGGAGAGGUAAAAUCUGCAAAGAUCAUGCGUCGCGAUGAUGGUGUCAGUAAGGGAUUUGGCUUUGUGAGCUUUUCCAAUCCUAGAGAUGCAAAAAGGGCUAUGGACUACCUUAACGGAACAACUUGUGAUGGGAUGUGUCUGCAUGUGGCCUUGGCUUGGUCCAAGGAAGAAAACACCAGGGGGUCGUCAUAUGCUCCACCACGAAAACCGCUACCCUUUUCUUUGCCUAACCAAGAUAUUGUCAUGCCCACACUUCAAGAGUUCCUUUACCAUAUCCCACCUUAUUCUAUGUCAACCCCAGAAUUCAACCCUUACAAGUCUACUACAUCCCUAACAUAUCAACCUAUUAGCAGACAAAUGGGUACAUUCUUUCCUGUCAGAAUGUGCACAUAUAGAGGCGGGAACAACUUCAAAUAUAUUCCAGAUAAGAACCAACCCCAACAGUCUCCUACUGAUAAGCACUCUUUCUGCUCCUACAAAGCUGCAAAGUAUGAUGCUCCUAUGGAUGGUUCAGAAAAGUUGGGGAACCAAAUGGACGGUUCAGAAAAUUUGGGGAACCAAAUGAAUCCAAAGGUCUAUGCGAAACCGGAAAUACCAAAUGCAAAUGAAGUUGAGGACUCCUUUAGUAACAUAGCACUAACAACAACAAAAUCAAUGAUGCAACUCAUGAUUGAUCUUGAGCAUGGGCACGCUGCAGAAAUAAACAAAAUGCUAUCGGAAGGGAACAGGCCCAUGAUUCAGAAGAUGAUGAGCUUGCCUGACUCUUUGGUAGCAAAUAUUGAGGAAGCAGUUAAUACAGUGAAAGCAAAGAUUUCAAUCCCCUAGAUUAAAACUUACUUUGGAUCGAAUGAUCUUUCCUUUCCUUUCAAGGACCAUUACAUAGAAUAGCGUAGAUUGUAAAUAAAUAAAUAAAUAAAUAAAUAAUGAACGUCAUGGAACAAUUAUUCUAUGCUAAUGAUUAGUUUCCACCGCAUCACAAGAUUAUAUGGAGUAUUUA